GAGCAAACGGAUUAUCGAAACAAAAAUGUCGGAGUUAGCGGAGCUGGAGAGACUACAGACCCAAAUCCUCCAUCGAAUUGCAAAACUCGAGCUCUCAAUCCUUCCAUCCAACAAUUCUCCCAAUAAAGAUCUCCCCACGACCACCGAAGCACGCCUCUCCGCCCUCCUUUUCGACGCCGGCGUCAAAGACUUCUCAUUCAAGCGCGUUCCUUCCGACUACUACGAUUGGUCCUUCGAAGCUCGAAGAGACAUUCUUGGCGCCGCCUCUAUUCAUCAUCUCUGCAAAAGCAUUGUCCUGGUAAAUACUCAAGCUGCAUCCAAUAUCACUGAUUGCAGUGACCCCCAAAAUUCAAAAUACUAUGUUGUUGUUGUUCAGUACACUGCUCGAUUUAGUGCUGAAAAUGUAAAAAAUUUCCUUUAUUCCCUCAACAAUGGCAAGAUACCCAAAAAGAGAUUUAACUUGAGACUUGCUCCUGAAGAGAUAUCACACAAUCUGACUGGUUUUGAACACAAUGGAGUAACAUGUGUUGGCAUGAAAACAGACAUUCCGGUUAUUUUAGAUGAAGCUAUUGCGAAGCUUAAUCCGGACUUUUUUUGGUUGGGUGGGGGAGAGAUUGAUCUAAAACUUGGAAUUAGAACAUCGGAGUUCAUCAACUUUGCAAAACCUUUUAUUGUGAAUUGUAGUGGUUCUUGAACUUUUUGAAGCAAAAGAUGUUUUGUUGGUUUUUAUAUUUUUAUUAUUUUUUAUACCCAUUAGUCAUUUGUGAUCAACUAAUUUGAAGAAAUGAUGUAUGAAUUAUUAUUUGAUCUUCUAUGUGAUAUGGUGAAUGAAACGAAUUACAUGA